AUGCGCCUAUUUCACGCCAUUGUAGUGGUUGUAGCUGUGCUCGUCGCCGGUAACGAUGCAUCACGGGAUCCCGCGGAUAUUUCCAAGACCACCCUGACCAGUCCUCUGCUCGACUCUCCCGGUGAAGUGAAGGGCAGCAUGUCAAAGCGCUUCCUGAGGACAGGAGAGACUGCGAGCAGCCACGUCGAAAUGGCCGAACGCCGCCUCGUGAACAUCGACCACAUUCUCCAGGACGCUGCGAUAGCGGCCAAGUGGAAGGUCCAGUUUAUCACGUGGAAGAAAAUUGGCAAGACUCCAGCGAAGUUACUAGAAGAAUUGGGAAUCAGCGGCAAUGCACACCCGUAG